AUGGUUAAUUCCGUUCCAGUGAAUAAAAGUGAAGAUGGAAGCUGGAAAAAUGCUUUUUCCACCAUGAGAUUCCACAGAGACAAAAUGAAUGAGUACAAAUGCAGCAAUUUUCUUACUGAAAAUCUCUUAUCGGAAAUGUUUCCAUCCUCUCAUAUCCUCACCAAUAGAAUUGGUGUUUUAGAGGGAAAUGAUUCACUAAAUAUUAGAAAAAUUAAUUCCAAAGGGAACAUGUUGUAUGAUGAAGGAUCAUCUGGAUAUAGCAAUUGGUUGGAAAAGUCCUCAACUCUUGAAGAUAUUUACGAUAACUAUAUGAAAAGAAGUGUUAAUUCGUCUUCCAAAAAACGUAUCGACCGAACUUUUGAUAAAGAUCAAUCAGAGUAUGAUGAAUGGAGCGAGUACGAAGAAGGUGAUAUUACAGGAUACGCUGUGCAUAAUCCACCAGUGUCAGAAAUUCAAGACAGCGAUGGGAUGCACUACAAUAUGCCCCAUCAUACUCAGUUUAGUCGUCCAGAGAGUGAUACAAUGUCUUAUUCUUCGCCAUAUGGAAAUCAUGAACAGUACUAUGAUACAGAGAUGCACCCACCUCAAGCAACAGCCGGAAACCUUCCCCUCUCAUUUUCAACUCCUUUCUUCACUUUGGGUAAUCCUUCUUUCUCUGUUGAGGACUUUGGCAAGAAUUUUCAUCUAAAUUCUGACUUUCUCAAUACCAAUGAGAUCUUGACUGCUUCAGGUUACUAUCACGACCACGAUGACUAUCCGAUGCAAGAAUCCAAGUUUGGCAAGGCACUUGGUCUGAAAGAUCUAUUUGAGAUCGCCCUAACAACCCUGGCUUUUCUUUCAUUCGGAAUGUUUAUUCUUCAUGUAAUCAUGUGCAUUACAAUGGGAAAUACCACCAACAACAUGAUGAUGAUGCCAAUGGAUAUGGGUCCGGAAACUGAAGAGAUUCGCGGUAAAAGGGAAGCAUCUUAUUCAAUGGUGAUGAAGAUGAAUGAUUUGGCCAGAAUUACCUUAAUGUCAAUUGAUGCUGCUCAAGUUGCUGACACCGACAAAGGGAUAUGCCUUCAACUUGCAAUUUGUGAAAACAACAAACUCUCUAGAACAUUUACUGAUUCAACCAAAUACUGGAUACCACUGUGGAGUCUUGGCAUGACAUGGUAUUCUUCCAGAAUAAUUAAAGGACAGCCAGCAAUGAUGUCUAUUAUAGAUAGUCUCAAGGCUGCUCUAUUGGGCUUGGGAGGGGCAGAUUGUGCAAAAACAUUUGCCAAAUGUGACCACACCCAUCAGAAGAAACAGAAAAUUCUAACAAGAAGGAAACGUCUUGCAGAAAAUUAUAUAUUUAAUUGGGAUAUAUAA